AUGUCGACUCCAUCGACUUUACCUCCCCAUCAUCCUAAUUACGGAUACUCCCAUCAUCAGAAUUAUCAGUCAAACAAUCCAUAUCGAGCGAGCAAUAGUCUGUUGAACGGCAGUAGUCGUUUGGGCGCCUCGUACACCAUUCCGACUCACUCGUCGAGUAAUAGCACAUCUUCGAGUGUAGCUCCUCCAAAGACACAUCAACUUCCCUCACAUCCGGCAAAGACGAAAUCUACAUCUACAAACUCUCCAAGAAAGCCCGCAGUCAUGGUUUCCUCCUCGUCGCAUGUGCCUCCCCCACACAAGAGACAGAGAUCAAAGGAGAGACAACCAGAUUGGGAUAAGUUCUACGAGAAUGGUUUACCUAAAGAGGUAAUCGUAAUUGAUAGUUCUGAAUCACCAGAACCAUCCUUGGACAUUUCUUCGCAUCUUCAAGCGAAUAAUUCCGCAGUGGCAGUGAAUAGUCGACAUGCGGCGAAGAAGAGAAAACGCAAUGAUGCAUAUGAUCCCGUAUACCAACUCGAUCCCUCGAUCGAUCCGAGUCCACUAUACAAAUCAGAAUCUGGUUCCACCAUAUCAACCGAUCGCACAACAUCAGCAAUUCAUACGACCGCAGCUACUUCCCUUGGCUCACACUCAUCCAAUGGGCAAAAUGGUUACGAGGCCGCUGAAAUCAUAGGGCAGAAAAGAAAAAGAACAAACACUAGGUUGCAAAUUGCCAAUGAAGCCAAGCGGAAAGAACUAGAAGUCAAUGGGGACGCAUUUAGCAAUUACAUACCGCCCCCUAAACCACCCAUAAAAUCUCGCGAUGUUCCAGUAAGACCUGUUACAGAUAACUCUUAUACCAAGAAUACCAAAGUCGAUGAUGAAGAUGGACAUUACAUUGUUGUUCCAGAAACGAACUUGACCACACAAUACUCGGUCCAGAAACUACUCGGCCAGGGAACUUUUGGAAAAGUCGUACAAGCUAAAGAUCUUCAUAAUGACAAACUUGUUGCCAUCAAGAUCAUUCGAUCCGUGCAGAAAUACCGAGAUGCUUCGAAGAUUGAAUUACGAGUCCUAUCAACACUCAAAGCAAAUGAUCACGAGAACCGAAAUAGAUGUAUACAUCUACGGGAUUGCUUCGAUUACAGAGGGCACAUAUGUAUAGUCAUGGAUCUACUAGGACAGAGUGUUUUCGAUUUCUUAAAGGGCAAUUCCUUUGUACCAUUCCCUAAUUCCCAAAUUCAAAGCUUUGCACGGCAGUUAUUCACAAGUGUUGCUUUUCUACACGACUUAAACUUAAUUCACACAGAUCUCAAACCCGAGAACAUCUUGUUAUGCAAUAGUGCAUAUCAAGCUUUUACCUACAGCCGCAAGAUCCCUUCUUCAUCAACCACGGUUAGCCGGCAAGCGGCACAAAGGAAGGUCCUUCUGGAUACAGAAAUUCGACUCAUUGAUUUUGGUUCCGCAACAUUUCAGGAUGAAUAUCACUCAUCUGUUGUAUCUACACGUCAUUAUCGAGCUCCGGAGAUUAUUCUUGGGCUUGGUUGGUCUUUCCCCUGCGAUAUCUGGAGUAUUGGAUGUAUACUUGUCGAGUUCUUCACAGGGGAUGCCCUUUUUCAAACACACGACAAUCUGGAGCAUUUGGCCAUGAUGGAAGCAGUAUGCGAUAAGAGACUAGAUAGCCAUCUCAUUCAGCAAGUCAACAGUAUGGCAAAACGAAAUGGGGGGAACCCAGCCCAAAAAUAUUUCAAGCGCUUAAAACUUGAAUACCCAAAUGCUGAUACCACAAGGGCGUCCCGGCGAUUUGUAAAGGCUAUGAAACCCUUGCAUGAAAUUAUUAAGGAUCAAUCGAGGUUUAGCAAAAAUUUCCUAGAUUUACUGAAAAAGAUAUUUGUCUAUGAUCCAAACGAACGCAUCACAGCCAAGCAGGCCCUUCAACAUCCAUGGUUUAAGGAAGCUGCAACGGCAGACGAUGGUACGGAAGCAACAAAAAUCAGGUUACAAAGACAGAGCGGAACAUAUGUGGCACCACAGAGGCAUCACUGA